GUCGCCAUCAUUGAGCAGCAGACCCAGGUACGCCAGCAAAACGAAUACAUCGAUCACCUGGUUAUCGGAUUAGACCCAGCUGAGCUACAAAAAGCGAGUAUCAAAGUCGAAGGCGACGUCGGCGCCUUUUGGUCAACUGAUCCACGUUUUUCGACCCUGAUCCAUUCCAUGAAUAUCUGUAGUGGCGGUGAUCAGGGAGCCGAUGGCGACACCAGUUCCAUCCUGAUGCGACUAAAAGCGGCUGGAGCAGAAUCACCGGCAAAAGCGAUAUAUCUAGUACGCAACCAGUUUAUCGCAAAGCUAUCUCGAUUAUUCUUAAUCGACGAGGCCGAGUUUUCCGCGGAUGAAAAUGCCGAACGCUCAAUAGUGAGCUACGGUAUUGACAGCAUGAUUGGAGCCGAACUGCGAAAUUGGAUCUUCAAAGAGUUGACCUUGGAACUUGCUUUUCAUCAACUUUUCAGUUCUUCUCUUACCAUUUCAAGGUUUUCGGAGCUCGUCUGA